AAAUGUAGAAGCUGUCACCAGGCUUCUCCAGUGCAGCUGGCACCAUGGAUGUGCUUCAGAGUAGCUCCUGCUAGCUCUGUAAGCCCUCCACUCUGCCACCUCUCACUAUGUUUCCUCUGAUAAGAUUUUGAGUACAACAAUCCAAGAAGAAUUCCCUGUCCUCACCAAUUUAUACUGCUUUUCCCAAGUUUUUGCCUCUUGAUUGUUGGAAAGAAUCUUUUAAUAUUGACCACAAAAAAAACCCAGAAGUUGGGAUACGAAAUUGCUAUAGAAAAAAUUUAAUGUAUUGAGCAAAACUAUAAUGCACAGUACACAAGAAAUUGGCUAAGAAAACUGGCAUACUCAGAGGAAACAGAGUAAGAUCAGAAUUGUCUACCAUGCCUGUGGGAAGGAUUGAAUGUCCAUCCUCUCCCUCUUUCCCCAGGGACAGCAACCACAAGUGCCAGGUGUGCAGGGUGACAGUGGUGGGCUUGUCAGCAUAUGCCAAGCACAUCUCCAGCCAGCUGCACAAAGACAAUAUUGAUGCCCACGAUAAAGAGGAAGAUGAAGGGAAAGAAGAGGCUGAUGAAGAAUACUUUGACAAGGAACUCAUUCAAUUAAUUAAACAAAGGAAGGAACAGAACCAGCAAGUUGAAGCUUGCUGCAGAAACGAAGAAAUAGAACCCAAUGAUAGGAGAUCACAGAGACAACCAGACGAAAGAAUUGUUUAUAAAGACAGAGAAACUUAUCCAUCAUUGUGGCACCAUCAUGGCCCCUCUCAAAGAGACUGGAAAUGGGAAAAUGAAGCCUUUAUGAAUCUAAGGCAAGGCACAUUCCCACAUUCUAUACAGAACCCUAAUGUGGACAGGCACCUAAGUGGUCCCAGGGGAUGCUCUGUAUGGAAUCAAAAUGGGUCUGCAGAUCUUUCAGUUCAACAUAAGCAUGGGAAUUCUGGAGGUGUUUGGCACCCAAAUACAGGAGGAGAAAAGUCAAACUGGUAUCAAGAUGUCAAAGGAAAAAAUUCCAUGUGGCAUUCUGAAGGAAGAGAUGACUUUUCUGUUUGGCGUUCUAAAAUGUUGGCAAGAAACUGGAAAUCCAAUCUUCAGGGUGCGAAUAGCUGGAAUGUUGCUGGCACAGGGGAUAUACAUCCACUGGGAAAAAAUAGGGCUGCAAAUCCUAAUUUCCACAUAGAAGAUGGGAGUGUUGCAUGGAAAAAAAAACCCAUUGAAUAUAGCCAGAAAAGGUAUAAGCCACAGUGGCAGGAGACUGACCAAUUGGAUUUUACUAGUGAUAAACUCCCUCCAGUGGGGGCGCUGUGGAAUGUUGCUGGCACAGGGGAUAUACAUCCACUGGGAAAAAAUAGGGCUGCAAAUCCUAAUUUCCACAUAGAAGAUGGGAGUGUUGCAUGGAAAAAAAAACCCAUUGAAUAUAGCCAGAAAAGGUAUAAGCCACAGUGGCAGGAGACUGACCAAUUGGAUUUUACUAGUGAUAAACUCCCUCCAGUGGGGGCGCUGGAUUUUAGUAUUUCUGAACAACCAGAGAGUAAAAUCUCCAAGAUGACCAAAGAUAAAAUUCAUCGCUGGACUCCUUACCCUUCCCAGAAAGCUACAGAACAGCAGCUGCGGCCUGAAGAGAAUGUUCCUAAAUCUUCCGAAAAAAAAUCUGUAUCUCUACCUUUUCUUGAGACACCCAUGAAAGGGAUGGACCUUGAAAGUGAUACAACAAGCCUUCCAAAACUGAUAACAUGGGAAGAAUCUCUUUUAAAUCACCCCUGUCACAAGACCACCACUGAUGAUGUUGAAUUGUGCAAAGUGAAUGCAGACUGCACCAGUGGAGGAAGACCUGACCAAGAGGAGGGUAGAAACAGGAUGCCAUCACUGAAAUCACCGCUUCUGGUUAUUCCAGACAUGAAGUUAUCUUCCCAAAAGCAAGAUCCAAAGAAUUUCUUGAAAAAUGUCAAGCUUCUAUUAUCUUCAUCCCCUGGAGAAUUCCAAAAUUAUUCAAAUGCAGUAAACUUAGAAACUAAUCGUUUCUCUUCUUAUAUAGCCAAGUUGCGCAGUGCUUCUACUUUAAGAGGUAGCGGAGACGUUUUUGACAAUAGUCAGCGACAGCCUAUUGAUAACUUAAGUGAAGAACUACGAAAAGCUAAAGAAUUGCAAUCCAAUCUUUCUCCAAAAAAUCCUUAUUUAAGUUCAAACAGAGAUACAGAGAAUGAUCAAAAUGGUGGUCAGAAUAUAGAAGAACUCAGGAAAGGCUCUUCAAAGAAUGAGCCCAGAGCUGAAGCACUUGAGGAUGUAAGUAAUAGAGCACUAGCAGUGUGUGAAAAGGCUGAAGCAAAGUUUGAAAAACUAUGUCCUUUAAUUAAGACUUGUUCACCAUUUGACUCUCAGCAGUGUGAAUAUGCUACCUCCAGAAAGGAAGGUGACUCAGAAGCAUCAGGCAAACCUCCCAAAUCAAGUAUUAUAACUGAUAAGCAAAAAGAUUCUGAAUUUCAAAUGGAGUCAGUGUCCCCAUCAAGCCUUCAACGCAACUUAAGUGAUGAUCUGAAAACCUCUCAGGAAGGGAAAAGGGAAGAUCCUAUCAAAUCAAAUCAUCAUUUUGAUAUGGAAGGCUUUGAAAACAGUUUAGACCACGAAUUGCAAAAAGGAGGCUGUAGUGGUCAACCUUCAGGUCCUCUUCUUCCUGAAUUAAGUAAAUUUGGCCUCCCAGCUUUUCUCCAAAGAGAUCUGACACGACAUAUCAGUUUGAAGAGUAAAGUUGGGGCACAUCUUCCUGAGCCUAACCUUAACAAUGCACGGCGUAUUCGAAAUGUCAGUGGUCAUCGAAAGAGUGAGACUGAAAAGGAGUCUGGACUUAAACCAACCCUGAGGCAAAUUCUUAGUGCAUCUCGAAGAAACAUAAACUGGGAACAGGUCAUCCAACAGGUAACAAAGAAGAAGCAGGAGCUUGGCAAGGGUUUACCAAGGUUUGGGAUAGAGAUGGUACCCCUUGUCCAGAACGAACAGGAAGGUCUUGAUUUAGGUGAAGAACCUGAGCUGUCCAGGCUAGAAGGAUUCCAGUGGGAAGGGAUUUCCAUAGCAGCAUCUGGGUCAGCUAGGAAACGGAGCCUCUCUGAAAGCAGUGUUGUGGACAGGACUGCUUCUGUUUAUGACUUCUUCAGUGACCAACCCACAGCAAAGGAAAGUGAGCAAAAGCAAAUCAUUCCAGCCUGCCAUUCACACUUUUUAGUACCAGCAUAUAAAUCAAGUGCUGGUAAUGUGACUGAGUUCAAACAAGAGACAUCCUCCCUCCCCUCAUCACCAUUCAUGUCUGAAAGAACUGAAACUAUCAAUGGAAGGAGACACAGCCUACAUACUCCCUCUGAUGUUACAAGCCUCACAGUGUUUACCACAAAACAAGAUCAGGAGUGCCCAGAAUCUAGAAUACUGCUUCUUGAAAACAAAAAUGUAUUCGAGAUCACUGGGGAAGGAAACAUUUUGGCUUCAAAUGGCGCUUCAGUGCUUGUAGGAUCAAACUCUGUAGAUGCAGCUACAGAUAGUAGCUGUACAUCUGGUACUGAGCAGAAUGACAACCAGGGAAUUGGAAAGAAAAGAAGAGCAACUGGAGAGGGAUCAUCUCCUGAAAUUCCAAGUCUGGAAAGAAAGAAUAAAAGAAGGAAAAUUAAAGGCAAAAAGGAGCGUUCUCAGGUAGACCAAUUGUUGUCUAUUUCCCUGAGAGAAGAAGAGUUGAACAAGUCACUGCAUUGUGUGGAUGGCGAUCUCUUGACAGCUCGGGCUGCUCUCCAGGCAGCUUAUGUUGAUGUUCAACGGUUCCUUGUAUUAAAACAGCAGAUAACAAUGGAGAUGAGUGCAUUGAGGAGUCAGAGAAUUCAGAUCCUGCAGGGGCUACAAGAAACCUAUGAACCUUCUGAGAGGUCAGAUCAGCUCACCUGCAGCAUCUCACGUGAAAGAAGAAUUAGCAGAUCUGAUACAACAGCUGAUUUAUCUGUUCCAUCAUCAAGUCACUUCCUCCCCCUUCUGGACACUUCCUCAUGCGUCUCCUCCCAUAUAUCCCCUUCUGGUAUCCCCUUGGGAGCCUCUCUCCGAGUAAGCACCCCGCCUGUGUUCCAGACCCCUAAUAGUAUCACAGCGGGUACUAUUCCUGAUUCAUCAGUGCAAAUUAAACAAGAACCUAUGUCACCAGAGCAUGGAGAAGAAAGCAUGAAUACUGUGUUCCAUGGCUCUGAGUGCGCUCCACAAGCAGGACUGCAGCAAAAGGAUGUAGAUACCAGCCAGAAAACCUCAGUGUACCCAGUUAUCUCUGCAAUUAUGUCCCUGUCAGAGCUGACUACUUGUUUCCAACAGACAAAUCAAGAUGUUCACAAGCCUGCUACAGAUAAGGGGAGGACCAUACUAUCUGGGAAUCCUUCUUCACAAUCGCCAUCUAUUGUCAACAAAAAAGGGGUGAUUGAAACCCAGGAAAGUACCUUACUUGACCAGUGUAGCAGCUCCCUUUCAAAUCAUUCUCAUUCUUUAAAAGUAUCUUUGGGCAAAGCUUCUAAACUACCAGCAGAACAGCCUGAACAACAGGCAGAGUCCACUCUGAUCUCUUCAGAGAACAAAGGAAAAAAGAAAAGGAAAAAGCUAAGGAAGAAGAAAACUCUGCGAGCAGCCCAUGUGCCUGAGAACAGUGACACAGAACAGGAUGUUAUUGACUCUAAACCUAUUAGGAAAGUCAAGAGUGGAAAGGUGCCCACAGCAAGAAAGGUUAUUAGAUCUACCUUUCCAAAACAGGAGGAUGGGGGCGCUACUCGUGAAGUAGAGAGAAACAAAAAUGAUGAUGAAAGUGAUGCCUCUCUGGAAUUAGUAGAAACUACAAACCCUCAAUCAGAAGUGGUGGCCAUCACCUCUUCAGAGUCAGGAGAUGAGAAACCAGACAGCCCAUCCAAGAGAGACACCAAGAGAUCCUCAGAGCAAACUUCAGUAGAGGCAUUUCGCUCUGGUUAUGAUGAAGUGAGCUCUACCAGUGAGAUUGGUACUAAUUAUAUGGAUGGCAUCAAUAGAAGCGUGGCUGAGAAUCUCCCUUCUGCAUCUUCGGUGAAAGGCUCAAAGAAUUCCUCAGAAGUGUCUUCAGAGCCAGGUGAGGAUGAAGAACCUACGGAGGGGAGCUUUGAGGGGCAUCAAGCUGCAGUGAAUGCUAUUCAGAUUUUUGGGAAUGUGCUUUACACCUGCUCAGCAGACAAAACUAUCCGUGCCUACAAUCUGGUUGUAAGUAGAAUAAUCAUGGAGACAAUGUACUAGCAAUGUUUCGUAGUC